UGGCUGCUGUUUCAGUACACCACCACCACCACCGCCGCUGGACCCCACUUCGCCGCAAAAUCCCUCGCGCCGCCGCGCAAGCCGCCAAGGGAGGGGGGCCCUCGUCUCGGGCGCGCAUCCCCAGACGGCGGUGACGCCGUCAGUGGCAGUGGCCCGUAAAUAAGCCCGUCGUCCUCGCCGAUUCCGUUUGCUCCCAACCGCUCUUUCGUACUCGCCAUUUGGUUUCGCUGAUUCCGCUCUCCCUCCUCUCGGCCUCUCCCUCCCGGGCGCGCCGGCGACUCGCCGCGUCGGGCCGGCCGGCCGGCCGACCGCCGCGAGGGAGGAAUAGCCCUAGGGCCACGAGGAGCCGACGGGGCUUCGCUGCUUCGGCCCAUGACGUCGUGCGGGUGCCUGGUGCUCGAGAAGGUGGAGGACCACGGCGGCGAGGCGGCGGCGAGGGGGAGAGGGAGGCUCGCGCAGGCCGGCGGCUGCGGAUCGUGCGCGGGGGAGUGGAGGAGCCGUUCGGAGACCAUGUUCCCCAUCUACGUGAUGGGGAGCUCGCGGGCGAGUUCCGCGGCGGUGGUCCGGGGCAUAGUCGACGCCGCCGAGGACCCCAUAUGGGAGGCCGUCAAGUCGGAGGCCAAGUCUGAGGCUGAAAAGGAGCCUAUUUUAAGUAGCUUCUUGUACGCCAGCGUACUAUCUCAUGAUUGUCUCGAGAGGGCGUUGAGUUUCGUCCUUGCAAACAGGCUCGAAGAUCCAACAUUGCUGGCAACUCAGCUAAUAGACAUUUUCAAUGAUGUCAUGAUGAACAACAAAGAGAUACGUCGUUCUAUUCGCCUUGAUGCUCAGGCAUUUAAAGACCGAGAUCCUGCGUGUGCACAAUACAGUUGGGCAUUGUUGUACCUGAAGGGUUAUCAUUCGUUGCAAUCCUAUAGGAUAGCCCAUGUAUUAUGGAAUCAAGGGCGUAAAGUUCUGGCAUUGGCACUACAGAGCCGUAUCAGUGAGGUUUUUGCAGUGGAUAUACACCCAGCUGCAAGAAUUGGGGAGGGAAUAUUGCUGGAUCAUGGAACAGGUCUAGUUAUUGGUGAAACUGCCGUUGUUGGAAACUGGGUUUCAUUAAUGCAGGGUGUUACACUUGGUGGUACUGGCAAGGAAAAUGGAGAUAGGCACCCCAAGAUUGGUCAGGGGGCUCUUCUUGGAGCUGGUGCUACUAUCCUUGGCAACAUAAAUGUAGGUGAGGGAGCCAUGAUUGCCGCUGGUUCCCUUGUUUUAAAGGAUGUUCCUCCCCACAGUAUGGCAGUAGGAAACCCUGCAAAGGUCGUUGGCUAUAAAGAGAAGGAAGACCCUUCUUUAAGUAUGAAGCAUGAUGCCAGGAGAGAUUACUUUGAGCAUGUUGCCAUCAGUUUUUCAGAUGACAGAGCUAAUGGAAGCGUUGUGAAGUGAAAAGGUUCAAUUACAUACCUUAGGCGCUUCUACCCAGAGGACAACACUGGAAUACUGGAUAUCUGAUUAUGCAAGGGUGCUUCUCUUUUUUGCCCAGGCACCCAAGGUCCUGAAGCUCCCCAUCUAUAUUUCCCUGUGGCCUUGGGCCGCUGUAAUAAUGUGAUGUUAUUUGUCUGGUUAACUUGUUAGGACUGGAAAAUUCUCUAGAGACUAACAGAGCAGCGACUAUGCACUUCAGCCUUUUCUUUUCUGAAUGUCAGUAGCAUACUAGCAAGCAGUAUUUCUUCAGUACCAGCAUUUAGGUAAAGAUGUUUUUCUUUUAUGUGUAAUCCAUCAGAAAAACGUUACACCGCCCAUGGGGUGAUGAAAAAAGGAGGCAAAUAAGCCAUCAAUUAUUCUCUGGUUCA